AUGGCCCAAAAGAGCCUGCGCCACCCGAACCUGCUGCGCUGCCUGGGCGGCUGCCGGGAGCGCCCCCUGCUGCUCGUCUGGGAGUACUGCCAGCUGGGUGACCUGAAGCGUUACCUGCGGGCCCAGCGGGGGCAGGGCGGGGCCGGGGGCGGGGCCGGGGGCGGGGCUGUGGGCGGGGCCGUGGGCGGGGCUUCCCCUCCCGCCCCGCCCCCUCCCCGGGAUUUGGGGACCCUGCAGCGCCUGGCCCUGGAGGUGACGCGGGGGCUGCGGCACCUGCACCGCCACGGAUUCGUCCACAGCGACCUGGCUCUCCGGAACGUUCUGCUGACCUCGGAGCUGACGGAGCGGAUCGGCGACUACGGCCUGGGGCCCGCCCACUACAGGGAGGAUUACUACGUGACCCCCGGGCGCGCCCUGGUGCCGCUGCGCUGGGUGGCCCCGGAGCUGGUGACAAAGGGACCCCGGGGGACGCUGCGGGUGGCGCCGCGGCAGAGCCCCGAGAGCAACGUCUGGGCCCUGGGCGUGACCCUGUGGGAGCUCCUGGAGUGGGGGGCUCAGCCCCUCCCCCACCUGUCGGACCUGCAGCUCCUGGGGCGGCUGCGGCGGCGCCGAGCGCCGGAACUGCCCCGCGGGGGGCGCUGCCGGCGGCAUGGUUCGCCCUCCUGCAGUCGUGCCGCUUGCCGCCCGCCCAGCGCCCCACGCUGGAGCAGCUCCACGCCCGCCUGUCCUCGCUGCUGGCCUGUCCCCAAACGUCCCCAACGCCGCCGCCUGGGGACAUCCCGGUGCCACCACCACCACCACAACCAGCAGCGCCGCCCGUGCCGCCGCCGGCGUCGCCGUUCCCGCUGCUGGACGCGCUGCCGGACGCCGGGACGUGCUGACGGUGACGCAGGACGCGGGGGCGGCCUGCCCUCGAAGUGCCUCUGGGAGCGCGGCCGGUGUCGCCGCGGCGGCGGCACCGACGACGUCCCCAAGCUGUCCCCGCCGGGGGUGCUGCCCGUGCUGGGGGCUCGGAGCCCCUCGGGCGCGUCGGAGUUCUUCGUGCGGUUGGAGGAGCACGGGGCGGCGAUGACGUCAGCGGUGACGUCAUCGGCGGCGGCGGUGACGUCAUCGGAGGCGACCAAAGAGCCGCCCGCGGUGGCGGCGUUGUCACCCCCGGAGUGGGGGAGGGGACGGACGUUGGGUCGGGAGUGGUCGUUGAGGGAAGAGCGGCCAGCGUUGGGUCAAGAGAGGUCAAUGUUGGGUCAAGAGUGGACAUUGACCCAAGAGCGGUCAUCGUUGAGCCAAGAGCGGUCAUCGUUGGGUCAAGAGCGGUCAUCGUUGAGCCAAGAGUGGACAUUGACCCAAGAGCGGUCAUCGUUGGGUCAAGAGCGGUCAUUGACCCAGGACCGGUCAUUGUUGGGUCAAGAUCGGUCAUCGUUGGGUCAAAACUGGACAUUGACCCAAGACCACUCAUCGCUGGGUCAAGAUCAGUCAACAUUGGGUCAAGACCGGACAUUGACCCAAGACCAGACAUUGACCCAAGAGCGGUCAUCAUUGGGUCAAGAGCGGACAUUGACCCACGAACGGUCAUUGUUGGGUCAAGAGCGGUCAUCAUUGACCGAACACCAGACAUUGACCCAAGACCGGUCAUCGUUGACCCAGGACCAAUCAUUGUUGACCCAGGACCGGUCAUCAACCCAAGAGCGGUCAUCAUUGGGUCAAGAGCGGACAUUGUCACCGCUGUCACUGGAGUUGGCACCUUGGGGACAAAACCGGACAUCACUGGCUCAAGACCGGUCACCGUUGGGUCAAGAGUGGUCAUUGGCCCAAGACCGGACAUUGCCGGGUCAAGAAAGGUCAACGGCCCAAGGGACGUCGCCGUUGUCCCUUGAGAUGACCCCGUGGGGACGAGGCCGGACAUUGACCCAAGACAGGUCACCAUUGGGUCAGGACCGGACAUUGACCCAGGACAGGUCAUCGUUGGGUCACGAUCGGUCACCAUUGGGUCAGGACCGGACAUUGACCCAGGACAGGUCAUCGUUGGGUCACGAUCGGUCAUCCUUGGGUCAAGAGCGGUCAUUGUCACCAUUGUCACUGGACUUGGCACCUUGGGGACAACAUUGGACAUCGUUGACCCAAGACCGGUCACCGUUGGGUCAAGACCGGUCAACGGCCCAAGGGACGUCGCCAUUGACCCUUGAGAUGACCCCGUGGGGUCAGGGCCGGACGUUGACCCAAGACCGGUCACUGUUGGGUCAAGAUGGGUCAUUGUCACCUUUGUCACCAGAGACGGCACCUUGGGGACAAAACUGGACAUCGUUGGGUCAAGAAAGGUCAACGGCCCAAGGGACGUCGCCAUUGUCACUGGAAAUGACCAGCACGGGGACAAGGCCGGACAUUGACCCAAGACCGGUCACCGUUGACCCAAGAUUGGUCAUCAUUGACCCAAGACCGGUCACCGUUGACCCAAGAUUGGUCAUCAUUGACCCAAGACCGGCCACCGUUGAGCCAAGACCAGUCACUGUUGGUUCAAGACCGGACACUGGCCCUGAACCGGUCAUCGUUGACCCAGGACCGGUCACUGUUGGGUCAGAACCGGUCAUUGAGCCAAGACCGGACAUUGUUGACCCAGGACCGGUCACUGUUGGGUCCGGACCGGCCAUCGUUGGGUCAGGACCGGACAUUGAGCCAAGACCGGUCAUCGAUGACCCAAGAUCGGUCAUUAACCAAAGACCGGUCAUCGUUGGGUCAAGACCGGUCAUUGUUGGCCCAAGACUCAACAUUGACCCAAGACCGGUCAUCGUUGGGUCAAGACCGGUCAUUGUUGGCCCAAGACUCAACAUUGACCCAAGACCGGUCAUCGUUGGGUCAAGACUGGACAUUGGCCCAAGACCGGUCAUCGUUGGGUCAAGACCGGUCACCAUUGGGUCAGAACCAGACAUUGACCCAAGACCGGACAUUGGCCCAAGACCGGACAUUGGCCCAAGACCGGUCACCGUUGGGUCAAGAUGGGUCAUCGUCACCUUUGUCACCAGAGGUGGCACCUUGGGGACAAAACCGGACAUUGACCCCAGACCGGACAUUGACCCCAGACCGGACAUUGACCCCAGACCGGUCAUCGUUGGGUCAAGACCGGACACUGACCCCGGAGCCGCCCCCGGUGCCCCCCAGGACGUCGCCGUUGUCACCGGCGGUGGCACCUUGGGGACGAGGGACGGCCCCUUUGACCCCGGCCAUGUCCCCAAGGCCACCAGAGCUGUCCCCAAGGUCACCAGAACUGUCCCCAAGGCCACCAGAGAUGCCACCAAGGCCACCAGAGCUGUCCCCAAGGCCACCGGAACUGUCCCCAAGGCCACCAGAGAUGCCACCAAGGCCACCAGAAGUGUCCCCAAGGCCACCAGAGCUGUCCCCAAGGCCACCAGAAGUGUCCCCAAGGCCACCAGAGAUGCCACCAAGGCCACCAGAGAUGCCACCAAGGCCACUAGAAGUGUCCCCAAGGCCACCAGAGCUGUCCCCAAGGCCACCGGAACUGUCCCCAAGGCCACCAGAAGUGUCCCCAAGGCCACCAGAGAUGCCACCAAGGCCACCGGACAUGUCUCCAAGGCCACCGGACAUGUCCCCAAGGCCACCAGAGAUGCCACCAAGGCCACCGGAACUGUCCCCAAGGCCACCAGAAGUGUCCCCAAGGCCACCAGAGAUGCCACCAAGGCCACCGGACAUGUCUCCAAGGCCACCGGACAUGUCCCCAAGGCCACCAGAACUGUCCCUAAGGCCACCAGAGAUGUCCCCAAGGCCACCAGAGAUGCCACCAAGGCCACCAGAAGCUGGGGACCCCCUUGGGGACACCCCCGGGGACCCCCUGGGUGGCACCACAGGGGGGGGGUGUCCCCAAAUGUCCCCAGAGGGGUCCCCAAGGGGGUCCCCGAUGUCCCAAAUGUCCCCAAGUGGGUCCCCGAUGUCCCCAAGGGGGUCCCCGAUGUCCCCAAGGGGGUGCCCAAUGUCCCAAAUGUCACCAAAAGUGUCCCCAAAAGUGUCCCCAAGGAGGAGCCCCAAGUCCCCAAUGAGGUCCCCAAGGAGGGCCAGGGGGUCCCCGAGGAAACGCCGCGAGGUGGCCCCGAACAUGUCCCCAAAAUGCCCCGAGGUGGCCCCGAAAAUGUCCGAAAAUGUCCCCGAGGCGACAGCGGGAGCCGUCCCCAAAAAUGUCCCCGAAACGCCCCGAGGUGGCCCCGAAAAUGUCCCCAAAGUCCUCCAGGGGGUCCCCAAAAAGGUCCCCAAAACACCCCGAGGUGGCCCCGAAAAUGUCCCCAAAAAGCCACGAAAUGUCCCCAAAAAUGUCCCCGAGGAGGCACCUGGAGAUGUCCCCAAAAUGCCACGAAAUCUCCCCACAAAUGUCCCCAAAAAUGUCCCAAAAAAGCCACGAAAUGUCCCCAAAAAUGUCCCCGAGGGCAUCCCCAAAAACGGCUCCAAAAAACCUCGAAAUGUCCCCAAAAAACCUCGAAAUGUCCCCAAAAAUCAAAAAUGGCUCCAAAAAGCCACGAAAUGUCCCCAAAAACGUCCCCAGUGGGGUCCCUGGAACAUUCCGAGACAUCCCCGGAAACGUCGCCAGAAACGUCCCCAAAAAUCCUCAAAAUGUCCCCAAAAAUGUCUCCAGAAAUGGAUCCAGAAAUGUCCGCAAACCACCUGGAGACGGCCCCAAAAAUGUCCCCGGAAAUGUCCCCAAAAAACCUCGAAACGGUCCCAAAAAACCUCGAAAUGUCCCCAAAAACAUCCCCGAGGAACUUCCCGGACCAUCCCAAGAUGGCCCCAGAAACGGCCCCAAAAAACCUCGAAAUGUCCCCCGAAAAACCCCGAAAUGUCCCCAAAAACCCCGAAAUGUCCCCAAAAAACCUCGAAAUGUCCCCAGAAAACCCCGAAAUGUCCCCAGAAAACCCCGAAAUGUCCCCAAUAACGUCCCCAGAAAUGUCCCCAAAAAGGCCCGAAACGGCCCCAAAUCUGCGCGGUGGGGGUGGGGCGGAGACCCCAGGUGUGACCCCGCCCCCCCAGGUGACCUCGGAGCUGUCCCCCGGUGUGUCGCAGGUGUCCCCAGGUGUGACCCCAGGUGUGUCCCAGACCCCGGGGCUGUCUCCAGGUGUGUCCCCGCCCCCCCAGGUGUCCCCAGGUGUGUCCCAGGUGUGCCAGGAGCGCCUCCAGGUGUCCCUGACCGAGGGCGUCUCGCGCCACCUCCUGCGGCCCCGCGCGGGGGGCGUGGCCACGGCAGGGGGCGUGGCCAAGGCAGAGGGCGCGGCCAAACCAGUGGGCGGGACCGAGGCAGCGGAGGGGCGUGGCCAGGCUGGGGGCGUGGCCGCAGGAGGAGGAGGAGGAGGCGGAGCCACCGAGGGAGCCGCGCGCGGCCCCGCCCCCACCCCCCGGGAGAGCAGCGCCGAGAUCCGAGCCAAGGCCUCCCGCCUCUCGCUGCCGCUGCCGCCUCUGGCCCUGCGGCCGCUCCCGCCGCGCUGGGGCGGCCCCGACGCGGCCCGGGGAGCUCCGGACGAGCCCGACGAGGACGCGGAGGACGCGGAGGAAGCUCCGGACGCCGAGGGGGCCUCACCGGGGCCGGUCCCGCUCGUGGUUUCCACCUGGAGCGGCCGCGGCCUCCGCGGCCUCCUGAAACCUCCGCGGCGCCCGCCGGAAGUGGGACUGAGCUCCAACCGGAAGCGCAAGGCUGUGUCCUUCUUCGAUGACGUCACCGUGCACCUCUUCGAUCAGGAGACGCCGACCAACGAGUUGAGCGGCCAGAGCGGCCCCGAGGGGGCCCCGGCGGCGGCGGUGGCGCCCCCUGAGGGCCUGGCCGCCGUGGAGAACUGAGCCCGAGGGGCGGCGCCGAGGGGCGGGGCCUCUUUAAGCCCCUCCCCCUCUUCAAGCCCCUCCCCUUUCACCAAGCCCCGCCCAUUCAUCAAGCCCCGCCUCCCCUCGU